AUGAAAGAGAAGAAGGAGAAGAAGGAAAAGAAAAAGAGAAAGUCAUCCACUCAGAGAGAGGAGGAGGAGGAGAAUGGAGAUAAGAAGAAGAAGAAGAAAAGAUUGGAAAUCACAUCAAAUCCUACGACGAAUUUGAACGAUAUCGACGCGGAGAUUGAACGCGUGUUAUCGAGAUUAAAGAAUGAAAAGGAAAGCGAAAACGAUUCGAAUAACAGCGAGAGUAGCAGUAGCAGUAGUUCUAGCAGCAGUUUAGGCCGAAUCGCCCCGUUACCGCCGGAAGCGUACCCGGAGCAUUACGGGUACGGGAGUAAAAAAGGCAACGAAUUUGCCUUUAAAGGGAAACGAGAAGGAAAAGCGGUAGCGCCGAGGAGCAACGCGCUGAUCCCGGGACUCGCAGAAAGGGAGAAAAACAGACCGAAAUGUGAACUGUGUGAGUUAUCGUUUACCAGCCGAGCGCAAUUGGAGGAACAUUUGCAAGGGAAAGGACACCGGAAGAAAGCCGGCGGCGUAAACGGCGGCGUAGCGAGGAGUCAAGGGCAUCGUCAACAACAACACGUACGAAGGGAAGUGAAACCGCCGGAUGGUCCGCACUGUAAACUGUGCAAGAAAAUAUUCACGUCGCUGGCGCAGAAAGAGGAACACGAAGGUGGGAAGUGGCACAAGAUGAGAGUGGAUGGGAAAUUGGCGCCUUCGAAUAAGCCGUACGUUACGUAA